AUGUCUACUAAAACAACGGAUAUUCCUACAAGUUCCGUUACAAAGUCCAAUACAAAUUUAACAGUUACAGACACAACCACGAAACCAAAAAUUCUCCCUUGUUGUGCAUGUCCUGAAACUAAGAGAAAUCGAGAUCAAUGUAUUUUUGAAACUGGAGAUCAAGAAAAGUGUAAAGAUUUGAUUGAGGCUCAUAAAGCUUGCAUGCAUGUUUUUACUUCCAUAAUAAGGUAA